AUGUUGAACGCUGACCGGAAAGACUACGAGCGCAUCUGUGCUGAGUUUGGUGUUUCAGACUUACAUUCGAUUCUCAAAAAAUUGGAAGAGAAGAAGAGAGAGAGGGCACAACAUAAGUGUAAGAAUGGGGGGAUUCCCUACGAUGGAGAUGCGGCGGAGAUAAACUGCCUUAAGAGUUCUGGGAGAAGGACGGAUUAUAAUACUAAGGGCCGAAUGCAAAAGGGCACAGAGCUCAGUCAGGCGGAUGGAGAAGUCAACCUUCUUGAUACAGGGCUGGAUCUGACAGAUGGAGAGGCCACUCUUCUCUCUACAGAGUUUAAACUUUCCAACGUGGACUUUGUUAUCAAAAUUCAGGACCUUAAAGCUCAUGAAAGAGAGGAUGCCCUCUUUGCAUGUGUUCUGACACACCCACUGCCCAGGAUCACAUGGAUGGGCAAGGGCAGCACCCUGGAGGAUGGAGAGAAAUACAGCAUAACUGUGUCAGACCACAAACUGAUCCACCGGCUGGUGAUCAAGGACUGCAACCAGCUGGACAAAGGCAUCUAUUCAGCUGUGGCUGGCGUUAAGUCCUGCAGUGCCUGGCUGGUUGUUCAAGCUGAGAGCGACCCUGCAUCUGCUGGACUGAAGAAAGCUCGUAAAAAUACCUUGGCUGGUGGAGCACACAUCGACCUUGAGAAGGUGGCCAGAGAGCAACAAAUAAAAAACAGAGAGGAGAUGGAGAAGAUUUUAGCAGCCGUAAAAGCAAAAGACAGAGAAGGACAACUGAAAGAAGGAAAGGCUUUAAUGACAAAUGGAAGAGAUGGUGAAAUAAGUGCAGUCACUGGAAUGGAGUCCGGUGGCAGAGGUGUUGAUGGAGUGGACAACCAGAACCAAACAUUUGUCAAAAGUCAAAAUGAAGUGACUGGUUCUGAUGGAAAUAAAGACCCCACUGGGUUUGUCAGACACCGAAAGCACAAAAACAGGGUCCAUUGGAAACAAACACCUGACCAAGAUCAAAAUGGACUAGCAGGUGACGAAGUAUAUGACGAUCAAGCAAGUGACGAUCAAGCAAGUGAUGAUCAACCAAGUGAUGAGGAAGUGGAAGCAAGUGACGAUGAAGAAACUGAAGAGGAAGCAAGUGAUGAUAACGAAAGUGACAAGGAAGCAAGUGAAAGCAUUGAGAACGAGGACUCUACUGGCCAGGGCAAACAUUCACGUUCAAAACAUAGCAAAAGACGAAAGAAACACCCAAGUGACAAUCAAGCAAGUGACGAGGAAGCAAGUGACAAUCAAGCAAGCAACAAUGAAGAAGGUGAUGAGCAAGCAAGUGAAAGCAUUGAGAAUGAGGACUCUACUGGCCAGGUCAAGCAUUCACGUUGUUCAAAGCAAAGCAAAAGGCAAAAGAAACAUCCAAGUGACGAGGAAGCAAGUGAUGAUCAAGAAAUUGACGAAGAAGCAAGCGACAGUGUUGAGAACAAGGACUCUACUGGCCAGGUCAAGCAUUCACGUCGUUCAAAGGAAAGCAAAAGGCGAAGGAAAGCAGUCAAUGAUCCAGGGGUUCAUUUCAUCUGUGGCUUGUCUGAUGUCAAUGCUGUCAUCAAUGAGACUGCUGAGUUGACAUGUAAGCUCAGCAGUGAAGACUGUGAGGGAGUCUGGUUCAGAGACGGCAAAAAGAUAUCUCCAGAUGACAAUUUCAGUAUCACUAAAGAUGGUGCGAUCCAUAAAUUAGUUAUAAUUGGGUGCAAUGAAGAGCACUCUGGAAAAUACCGCUUUGAGGCAGACGGUCGUAAAACAGAGGCAAUGUUCAACGUCAAAGAUCCCCCGAGGUUUGACCCUAAAGACCUCAGUGCUUUCAGUGAGCCUGUGACAGUUAGAGUGGGCCACAGUGCCAUCUUCAAGCUGCAUUUUGUUGGCCAUGAACCCAUAAAAAUAAAGUGGUACAGAGAAGGAGAAGAGCUCCUUGAUGACAACAACACAAGGAUAGAGAAAUCUGCAAGUCACAGCCGCUUGCUCCUGAGUAGGUGCCAGAGAAAGGACAUGGGAGAGAUCAAGAUCAAGCUCAAGAAUGAAGACGGCUUCACUGAGGCAAUUUCACAGUUAAUUGUGCUUGACAAACCAACUCCACCCCUGGGUCCAGCAGAGGUAACUGAGAGCUCAGCUAUGAGUAUUGAAUUUAAGUGGCGGCCUCCAAAAGAUGAUGGAGGCUCACCGGUGAUUAACUACAUAAUGGAGCGACAGCAGGUGGGACGAAACACCUGGAAGAAAAUAGGGGAAAUCCCAGGUGUGGCCAGCUACCGAGAUACAGACGUUGACCGUGGUCGGAAAUAUUGUUACCGAAUCCGGGCUGUGACUGCAGAGGGUAUAAGUGAAGUGAUGGAGACUGAUGAAAUGCAAGCUGGCACACUUGCUUUUCCCGGCCCUCCAGCACCUCCAAAAGUGGUUAGCGCCUGUGACGACUGCAUCAACAUUUCCUGGGCUCCUCCAAGUAACACCGGAGGUUCCCGUAUCCUCGGCUAUAUUCUGGAGAAACGCAAGAAGGGAAGUAACCUCUGGGCUGUUGUCAACGCCAUGGAUGAGCUAAUAAAAGAGAAGACAUAUGCUGUGAAAGAUGUUGUGGCAGGAAUGGAGUAUGAAUUCAGAGUCACUGCCAUAAACCUCUCAGGAGUCGGUGAAUUUAGCAACCCAUCAGAGUUUGUAUUUGCACGGGAUCCAAAGAAGCGUCCUGGUAAAGUUACAGGCCUGAAGGUGACAGAAACUUCCUACAGCCACUUGGUCCUGACUUGGACCAAACCUGAAGACAAACCAGGGAUACAGGAUGAAGCAAGGGGAUAUUUUGUGGAGAUUCGUCCUGCAGAGUGCAUUGAGUGGUCCCGCUGUAAUACCACUCUCAUCAUCACAACUACCUACAGUGUGAGAGGCCUAAAGUCCAUGGGCAUGUACUGGAUGAGAGUGAUUGCGAUUAAUGAUGGAGGAGAAAGUGAUCCCGAGGAGCUGGCCAACUAUGUCCUUGCAAUGCCCUCGCCUGUGAGGCCAAAGUUCACAAACCACAAGAUGAAGAGUUUCAUGGUUGUGAGAGCGGGAAACUCUGUCAGAAUCACAGUGAAUUUUGAGGCCUCUCCACGACCACAUAUUAUGUGGCUGAAGGACAACGUGCCGGUGACAAAGCGAGUUACAAUCAGUAACUCUGACGGCUCAUCCCAGCUGCUGAUCCCCUCAUCUGAGCGCUCUGAUUCUGGCAUUUACUCCAUUUUGGUGAAAAAUCUUGCAGGGCAGGAGACAUUCAGUACAGAGGUCAGAGUAACAGAUGAUCCAAAGCCUCCUGGACCGGUAGAGCUGGAGGAAAAUGUGCCCGGCACCAUAUCGGUGAUCUGGGAGCCUUCUCCUGAUGAGAAGCGCGAUGACCGCCUCCAUUACACAGUGUCCAAACUUGACUCCACCAAACGCACAUGGACCACGGUGGCUGACAGGCUCUUCAAUAACAAGUUCACAGUCUGCAACAUCAUGCAGGGGAGGGAAUAUCAUUUUCGAGUGUAUGCCAAAAACGACAUGGGCAUAUCUGCACCUUCAGAGUCGCCAACCUGUGGGACAGAGAAGAAGAGAGAAAAAUUUGUGGUGAGCGUACCGACCAGGAAAGACUGUGAUUUGCGAUGUGCUCCGACCUUCAUUGUACCCUUGAAGCUUCACACUGCACCCAAAGGCUAUGAAUGUUAUAUGAGCUGUGCAGUGAAGGGAAACCCCACACCUCGAAUCACGUGGUAUCGGAAUCACAUCAGCCUAAACACUAACACCAACUACUACAUCUCCAACACCUGCGGCGUCUGCUCCAUGUUAAUUCUACGUGUAGGCCCCAAAGACACGGGGGAGUACACCAUCACUGCAGAGAACGCCCUCGGACGCACCGAGUGCUCCACUGUCCUCAGCGUCAGAGGUGUGAAUAUGACAGCAGCGCACAUGGUGGCGGAGGAUCAGCCACUCCCGGCAGGCAGCCCAGCCCCCCUGCUCCCCCCUGCUCUUCCUGAAUGGCCGAUCACGCUGCCUGCGGUCCACGCCUCCCUGCCUCAUCCUCUGCUCUACCUCUUCAUCAAGAACUCGCUGCAGCCUCUCGGUACCUUAUUGCGCGGUGAUUGA